CCCCCGGCGGAGGCGGUCCCGCCCCCUCCCCGGCCCCGGGCCAAGUGGCAGCUCUCGCCAACGGCCGCACGGCGGGUGGCAGCUAUGGCAGCUGAGGCAAAUGUGUUUCUGAGGGCCCGGGGCAGGACGCUGACCGCCUUCCGCCAAGAUGAUGAGUACAAAUGGAAGGGGCCCUUCUACUUCAUCCAAGGCGCAGAUCCUCAGUUUGGACUGAUGAAAGCUUGGGCAACUGGAGACACUAAAAAUGGAGAUGAUGAAUGGGAGGAAGAAAUCAAAUUAGCAGAACAAGCAGUGCAGGCCAUUAACAAACUAAACCCUAAACCCAAGUUCUUUGUGUUGUGUGGAGACCUUAUCCAUGGAAUGCCAGGCACUCAAUGGAGAAAGGACCAAGAGCAAGAUUUAAAGAACGUUCUGAAGAACACUGACCAGGACAUACCAUUGGUGUUCGUGAGUGGAAAUCACGACAUUGGCAAUACUCCCACAAGAGAAACAAUAGACAACUACUGCAAGAACUGGGGAGAUGACUACUUCAGCUUUUGGGUUGGAGGUGUUUUCUUUCUUGUGCUGAAUUCUCAGUUAUACUUUGAUUCUUCCGAAUGCCCCGAGUUGAAGCAAGCCCAGGAUGUGUGGCUCAAUGAGCAACUGGCUGUGGCUGAAAAACAGAAAUGCAAGCAUAUAAUAGUGUUUCAGCACAUUCCUCUGUUUCUGAGAAAUCCAGAUGAAGACCAUGAUUAUUUUAACUUGGAGAAAUCAGUUCGUCAAGAGAUAAUGGAAAAAUUUCAUAAAGCAGGCAUUAAAGCUGUAUUUUCUGGACAUUACCAUAGGAAUGCUGGGGGAUCCUACAGAGGACUGGAAAUGGUGGUUUCAUCAGCAAUAGGAUGCCAGCUGGGAGAAGACACACAUGGGCUUCGAGUGGUUGUUGUGACAGAUGAAAAGAUUGUUCAUAGAUAUUACAGUUUGACUGAGCUGAGCAGCCAAGGCAUAGAGAAAGAGCUGCUAGAUAUGCUUGCAAAGCAAAAUUAGGCUAUGUCAAAUGAUCUUUUUUUUUUCUGUAUAGGACUACAGCUUCAGAAAGUUCCCCCAGGCUGAAGAUACAGAUUUCUCUCAAUUUGUUAUCACCCUAAAUAACAAAAAAAAGUUGUUGGCAGGUUUCUCUCUUUCAAAACAAGACCUGUGAGGAAUGUGGAAGAACAGUAGAACUAAUGUGGCAAUCUAUCAGUGAAAAGAAUUGUUCUGAGAAUUUUUACUUUUUCUUUCCAACAAGGAAGUCUUAUCCAGCAGUGUAUGAAAGAGUGAAAGUUGUAGCUUUUGAAGAGCCCUUUAAGUCAGGUCUGUUUUAGUUUUAUAGUUCAUAAGAUAUUUUGAAAUCAAUACAUUUGGUCAUUUCUAUUGCACUCUGGAUAAUAAAAAUGGGGCACUUCUUAACUCUAUAAAAACACAUCUCUAAAACUCUAAAAUCAAGAGAUUCCCACUGACUUUUAGCAACCUUUGGAUCAGAUCUUGUUACCUAGAGGUUGUAUUUUUGCCCAUUUCUCAUACAUUAUUUUCUUAUCUCUUCAGAGCCAGCGGCAACAGGAAAGCAGUCUGUCACAGCCUGGGUUCCCUCCCAUUAUAUUCUACUUUUAUACAAUGAAAAGUCUAUAAAUGAAGCAUAUAUAGAUGCCAUUGACAGAAGCAGAAUAUUUUUAAGUUUAACUGCCAUUCAGUAAGCUUAUACUCUUGCUACAGCUUCAGAAGUUGGAAUAAUUGUAUGGGGAGAAUAUUCUCUGUUGUUAUCAGAAGUCAUGGUGACUUCUACAAAUGUUUGAUAACAAAAUGCAACUUAAGAGUGCCUUAUUGUAAUGUAAUACAACAUCAAGUGUUGAGUAUAUUUUCUUCACUGGAAAAAGUCUUUUAAAAUAAAUUAUAUAGAAAGAAAUGUGCAAGCUGCAAUACACCUAUUUUUUAAUGUCUCUGAUUUGUUUACUGUUAAAUGCACAGCCCAAAAAAGUCUUCAUGUAAUUAACACAUACCUGAUUUUAUUUUCUGAGUAUUUUGUUGAGCACAUUCCAAUCCAUGCCACAGGUUAUCCAGAAACAGACACAGAGCAGCUUUAGCACCUGAAGAGAGAACACAAACAAUAUUGGCUGAGAAAAUAAGGCACUCUGUCCCUUUUGUUUAGUCACAAACAACAUGGUUCCCUUGAGGAACAGAUACUUAAAUAUGGCAAAAGGGAUGAAAUGCUGCACUGAAAAGUCAGGUUCAUUACAUUUUAGUCACAUCAGUUUAUCUUGGAGGCUCCUUCUAGCUUGGUUUGUGGCAUGUGUGAGAUUCUAAAAUCACCCCUGUUGCAUUUCCUUGUGAUGGCAACACAGCUGUAGCUAGACAGCACCAAAUGUGGACUCCUGUCCCAUGGCAAUAGCCUAAGCAGAGGUAACAUUUGAUUCAGAAAGAAAGAAAAUUCUUUUGCAUUUAUUCUCCACCUGAUUUUGCCUAGCUGAACAUUUUCAGUCUCAUUUUCAAGGGAACACCUGGGAAAUGAGAAAGGCUAGAUUACUUUGAAAUAUGUAGGUACCUAAGUGCCCAGUUUCACUGGAAGUUAAAAGCCUCUACUUGGGUAUCCUUUAAAGCACUACUUUUAAAAAUUGGUCCUGUGUGACUGGGAGCUAUUUCGCAAUCACAGCUAACUGACAGUUUCAAGAGUGAGAUGAUUCUGGUUUACAUUUUGCAGAGGGAAGUCUCUGUAUGACUUAAAUCUUUCAGUCCAUUUACAUUAUAAGGCUGAAGAAGUUCAGCAGAGGGACCUAACUGUGAAGCUUGGGAAGAGUGAAGCACAACUUUGGGAGGAAGUCUUUCCACAAAUAUGAGAAUGUUAAUAGCAGUAGUAUAGAAUGUUCUAAUGUUUUAGAAUUACAAUGUACUAAUAUGCAAAAGAAAUUUUAAUAUAAGCAUGAUUUUAUUUUUUUCCUGCUUUUUCCAAGUGUCAUCUCACUGUAAGAAAGUCUGUGGCAUUUUGUUAAGAGGAUAUCACUUCAGCACAAAGCUGGAGUUGUGCUAACAAAAAUAAAGGUUUCUUUAUAUCCCAAA